AUGUCUGUUAAAAAUCUUCGUAAUCCUCCUCCAAUGUUAACAUCUGAUUCUGCAACUAGUAUAGUUCAUUCAUAUCUAUCAUGCUUGACUCCUGAAGAAAGACAAAUGCUAUCUAAAAAAUUGAAACAUUGGUUUCCUCCUUUUCCUACUCCAUUAUUUGAUUAUCCUAAAUAUCUUCGAGCGUUCGAUUCGAGAAAUUUCCGGCAAACCGUUCAAAAAUGGUGGUCAGUUCCUUUUGAUAAUGUUCAAAGUCUUAAAAGAGUGAUAGAUGGUAUUGAAUUAUUUAGUAAUGUGUUAUUGAAUCACAUUCAUGGUAUGGGAUUAUUGAAAUUAGAACAAGAGUAUAAUAAUUACUUUGACGAAGAAGGUAACCUUAUUUGUAGUUUUCCGGAUUUUGCAUCUUACGUAAGAGCUGGUCAAGUAUUACGAAACCUUCAAAAAUUUGAAUUAACUUAUUGGAGUGAAAUUGCAAGUAAAAAUGUUACAGAAGAAAAAAUUUUAGGUCUACUUAACAAGAUUAUAGAUUCUUCAACGGUUAUUAGACAAGUUACUAUUAAUAUGCCAAGUUUACUCGAAACUCAACCAAUAGUUCCUCUUUUAUGUAAAUUAGUUAACAAACAAGUCAAUCUUGAAACAUUUGAAUUUGAUGAUUUUACAAAGAUUAAUGUUGACACACUUCCUCCGAUUUUUAUUAGAAAAUUGUUAAUUUAUGAAGUUGGACCUGAUCGAAAAAUCUUGGAUAACUUUGUAGGAUUACUACUUCGAUUAGCAAAUCGUCAUUUAAAAGUAUUCUCAGUACAAGAAUGUAUAACUCCUAGACUUUGUAAAAUACUUGUUGAAUAUUGUCGAAAUCUUACUCAUCUAUCAACUAUUAUUAAUACUAUCGACCUUUCUUCUCUUUGCACCACACUUCAGUUUUUACCUAGCAUUGAACAUUUAAUCAUAGUUCAAUCUUGUUGUAGUCAUUCUUCACAACAACGUUCAUGGAUGACAAAUAGUUGUGGAACUACUAGACAAUCAUGGGAAACAAAAUCUAUUAAAACUCUCGCUAGCUCAUUCCCACCUUGCCUUAAAUAUUUAGGAAUGUGCAUAAAUUUUUCAGUCACUCAACUUAAAAUUCUUUUACAAAAUAUUCAAGUACCUAUUUGUAUAAUGGAAUUUUAUAAUGUCGGAGGUGAGGAUAAAACAUUAGAAUUACAUUUUUUAAGAUUAAUGGCAGAAUAUGCUGGAAGAAAUCCCGGGUUUUGUGUACUUGGAUUACCUGAAAGUCCAGAAGUUUGGUAUGAUGCUUAUUAUUGGAAGAUGGCAAAAGAUUCUAUUCCUGUAAUUAAAAAGUCAGAACUUUUAUACUAUCCGGUUUAUGGUGGAAUGAUUAAUCCUGGAUAUUAUUAA